CGCUUCCUGACGAUGCAACUGACCCAUAACGCAACACUCUGGUGCUAACGAUGAGCCGAAGGCUCUACGAGCUUGAGCUUGAAAGCGGUGAGGAGCCCUACCAGUCGGAGCGUCGGCGCCUGCCUCACUAUUUUGUGCGGCCGCGCAUGCUGGGAAGACUCCUCCUGGCCGGUAUCUCGCUCACAAUGCUCUGGUGUCUUCUCGCGUUGAUGCGAGAUGGGCUCUCAGAGCCUCUCCCUUCGCCAGAUCUGCCGUCACCAACGUUGCCGCCCUCGCCCCCGCCCCCGCCACCUCGCUUCGCAUUCAAUCCGCCUCCGGAUCCCCGAUACGCCUCUGCGUUCGAGGAGGACACGCUCGCGCACGCCAGUUUACCCUCCAGUGUUUUCGCUCCCAUGGUGGUGCGCGACUGCACGCACCUCACGCCGGCAUGGUUCGCGCCCUGUGUGGCGCUCCGUGCCCCGUUCUCCGACCAAACAUACGGCGAAGAGCUAGUGUACCCCGACUUCGGCCUCCCGGUUCCUCUCUUCGCAAAAGAAGAGCACGCGGAGCGCUGGCAGGAAGGGCUGAGAUCCAUCGCCGAUCGGGCGAUAUACCGGGACGGCUAUGUGGUGUACAAAAGCCAACACGGGCAGAACUUCGUGGUCAGCAACGUCGUAUACACGCCCGAGGGCUAUCUCGAUACAUGGAAUGGCCACGCAUGCACAGGUCCAAACGCAAGGCUUGGUGAUCUCAAGCUAGACCCGGCCCCUCCGAUGGUAAAUACUACGCGAGGGACAGCGCUGGUCGUGAACUCCCCUGACUCGUGGUCAUUCCAACAUUGGCUCGACCGUGCCGCGCACGUUAUAGCGCAAAGCGCACAUCUUACCCGCGCCAGCGCCACCGCGCUCACGGGGAAACGUGGCAAUGAGCUAGUGGAGGCACUCUGGCACCGCAUUGGGUAUAGUGAUGUGGUGCACCGGCCUGAGACGCAAAUGACAUUCGACGCGCUCGUGUUCUCGUGCAAGGCCGUACUUAUCCAUCCCUUCCUGAGCUGGCGUGCACUCGAGCUAUUGCAGCUUCCCUUCAUUCGGGAGGUGCCGCCAUCUCCACCGGCCAGCAAGACGACCGUGUUGUACAUGAGCCGCAGCGAUGGAAGCACUGCGAAUGCAGGGCGUAACGUGCUGAACGAGCCUGACGUGAUCGCGGGAGUAGAGAGCCUUCUCCAGGUCCGAGAUCGCGGCGAAACACUGGCACACUGGUCCAACAUCCACGCGCUGUUCGAACAUGACUUGGAUGGCCUCAUCAACUAUAUGUGGCGCAAUGUCUCGGCUGUCAUCGGUCCACAUGGGGGCGCACUCAUAAACCACCGCUUCGCUGGCCCCGGCACAAUGGUACUUGGGUUUUUACCGACCACGCACAUGUCAUAUCUCAACUAUGAGGAGACAAGCAUGCUCAACCAGACGUACGCAGCCAUAGUGGUAGACCCCGCCGGUCAAAGCGUGGACGACAUGAUGAUAGACCCGGCAGACGUCACGGUGCUGCUGAAUGCGCAUCUGGGGAAACCAAGACGAGAGAACCUAGUGUUGAGCUAUCAGUGGGAUCGAGAGUAGUUCACAUAGAUUACAUGGACGCUUGCAUGCUGUGAGAAUGUCGCGUCUGAAGGUCAUGAAAUGGCACGAGCCUCGUCCCUUCC